AUGAAAGAACCCGAAGACUCAAUUUUAGAUCUAAGUAUUUCCAAAUACACCCCAAAAAAUAAAGCAACAAUCAACGAAGAAUCAUCUUUACAACAACCAUCAUCUUCCACAAACGAUAUCUCACCAUCAAUUAUAUCAUCAAAAUUAACACGGCCGUUUAAAGCGUAUAAAAAGGAUUCAUUUUCGAUUACUUCGGCGUCCUCUUUGGCGAUUUACCUAGGAAGUGUUUAUUCAUCUCAAGAGUACGUUGAAUUUCGAAAGGGGAUGAUGGGCGAAGCACAGAUGAACUACACCAAUAAAAACAUGAAACGAAAUAAUCACAGCAAAAACGGUUCUGGUGAUGACGACCCGAUUUAUUUGGAAAAACGGAGAAAAAAUAACGAAGCCGCGAAGAGAUCGAGGGACGCGCGAAGAGCCAAAGAAGAUGAAAUCGCGAUUAGGUGUGCGUUUUUAGAACAACAAAAUUGGAAGUUAAGUUGCGAAGUGAACGAUUUAAAGAAAGAAUUACUAAAAUUAAAGUGUUAA